GUAAAGGGAAGUCGAAUGUAUUGAGUCGCGCUUAGAAUAGGCGACACUCGUAUCCUUGCAAAGGAAUGUAGCUGCAGUAAUAUUUCUUUUAGGGAUGGAUCUCUGACUAAAUGAAGAUGACGGAACUGGACUUUCUCUUCUUCGACAACUCCGUCAAAGCUAAAAUGGUGCCUGACCCAUCUGACCGUGCAAGAGGUGGGCAAACCCUGGACUGGUUGAAGUUCAAUCGCAGGCUGCACAUUGACAACAUGAUGACUUCUUCUAUUUCCAACUGGCCGGAAAACACAACAGCUCAAAUAUAGUUCUUACCAGAUCAGAGUGUUGACAAUUAACUUUUGUACCUAUUAAGACUCACCAUUGCAAUUUUUAUAGAGUUUGUUGCAUGAUCAAUUUAUUCCGAAAAACCCCACUUUCCACCUUUUUGAUCAUAUCAUAAGUUUCUGACAAAUUGAAAAAUGUUUUCGGCGUUGAAAAAGCUGGUGGGGUCUGAGCCGGGCCAGCUCAGGGACAAGAACAUUCCUGCUGGCCUACAGUCCAUGAACCAAAGUUUGCAAAGACGCUUCGCUAAAGGGGUCCAAUAUAAUAUGAAAAUCGUCAUCCGCGGCGAUCGGAACACUGGAAAGAGUACUUUAUGGUAUCGACUGCAGGGCAAGAAGUUUGUGGAAGAGUACAUCCCCACUCAGGAGAUUCAAGCCACGAGCAUUCAUUGGAACUACAAAACUACUGAUGAUGUGGUCAAGGUCGAGGUGUGGGACGUGGUUGACAAAGGCCAAAAAUAUCCUCUUCCUGAAGGUGUAGGCAAAGGCAAAAAGCGUGGAGACAAUUUGAAACUGGAGAAUGAGCCACAAGAGUCAGAUGAAGUAGCCCUUGACGCGGAGUUUCUAGAUGUGUACAAGAAUUGCAAUGGAGUCAUCAUGAUGUUUGACAUUACCAAGCAAUGGACAUUUAACUACAUCUUAAGGGAACUUCCCAAAGUUCCCACUCAUGUACCAGUUUGUGUGCUCGGAAACCACAGAGACAUGGGUGAGCAUCGGGUCAUCCUCCCUGAUGAUAUAAGAGAGCUAAUUGCUGGACUAAACAGACCAAUGGGAUCAUCCUACAUCCACUAUGCUGAAUCCUCGAUGAAGAAUGGCUUCGGCCUCAAAUACUUGCACAGAUUUUUUAACAUCCCCUUCCUACAACUGCAGAGAGAGACCCUUCUGAGGCAACUGGAGACCAACCAGUUGGACAUGGAUGCCACCCUAGAAGAGCUUUGUGUGCAGCAGGAGACAGAAGAUCAAAAUUAUGAAAUCUUCCUGGAGAACUUAGAGUCUCGCAAUAAGGCCUAUGGCUCACCUGGUCCAGCCAAUGGUCAGAGUCCGUCCUCAGGCUCCCAGUCCCCCAUUGUUCCUCCGAGUGGGGCCUCCACGGGAAGCUCCAGCCCAAGCACACCUCAACCCCCAAUCCCUUCCCAGCCACUCCCACAGUCGCCUUCUGUGACGGCUUCUUCGGUCCCAGCUCUCGCUGUAGCCGUUGGCAGAGCAGCCUCGCCUUCCGCUGAGUUAAAAACUUCAGCGCAAUCACCAGAGCACCUUCAGUCCUCCAUUGCGCCUGUAUCAGUCCCCCAGAAACGCAGCUUCAUGUCUCGAUGGUUUGGGUCAUCAUCGCCUGUCCCUGAAGCAUCUGUUAGUGCAGCAGAGGAUGUACCUGCACGAGUGUGUCCUACUGUAGUACAAAGCGUGGAUGACUUUGUGCCAGACGACAGACUGGAUAAGAGUUUCCUCGAGGACAGUUUGCCCUCAAAGACAAAGGGGCCUCAGCCAGCUGCAGCAGUGGACAGUGACAGUGAUUUUGAAGACAGAGGAAACCCCAUGGUGUCUGGUUUCCAGGACGAGCUUGAUCCAGAUGACACGGAGCCCAGUCUUCCACAGCCUAAAACGCUGCCUCCCAGUAAAGAUAUCAUUCUGACCAGUGAUGAGGAUGACCAAACACUAAUAGCCCCUUCUGGUAAAAACCACCAUGACCUGGACAGUGAACCUGAACUAAAAACCUGCAUCAGCAAACCAAAGGUGGCAUCUAAAGCGUUAGAGCCCAGUGACCAAUCUGCUGCUCCCAUCUUCCUCACUUUAACUCCAACACAAGAACAGCCCACCCAGCAGCAUGGAAAAAAGAAAGGAGUCUUACCCAUUGCUGGUGACUCUGACACUGACCCUGAGGGCCCUGUGGCCCAACAGAUGCUCUCUUUUGUUGUGGAUGACCCUGACUUUGAGUCUGAUGCAUCAGACACACCAAAAAUAGCAAAGACUACAUUCCUUGCCAGGGAUGAUCUAUCUGACCUUUCAGAUGAUGACAUCCAGUCAGCCAAGGUGCCAAAACCUGUGAACCCCACUGUGAUCUCCUUUAAACAAAAGGAUGUUGCUGAUCUUUUUGGUCUUGGCAUCCAAGAAGAACCUUCAGCAACCAAAGAGAGCAGUGAGGAGCACGAAGAGAAAGAAAGCAAACACUCUUCCAAAGACAAGAAGAAAAAGAAGAAAAAAAGCAAAGAGGAAGAUGAAAAGAGUAAGAAGAAACAUAAACAUAAGAAAAAGGAAAAAGACGAAGCUGUUGAUGACAAAGAGAAAAAGAAGAAGAAAUCGAGGACCAAGAAAACAGAAAUGGAUGAGUUGGAAGACUUUCUAGGAGGCGGGUUGAGUUCCACCAAAAGAGAAGAUGGAGAUUAUGAAGAACUUUAGAAUAUCUUCUUCUAUUACUAAAAUGAACUUCAGAAUAACCGUGGCAAAGAGUGAGAUCACUACCCGGUUGCCCGACUUGUAUGUGCACAAAGUUGUAUCCCAAGCCAUACAAAAUGCAAUACAUGAGGCUACCAACAACCACCAAGUAAAAUCUCAGACACUCUGGAUGUGACCCUGUUUGUUCUACUGGUCUGAUUGGGGUUUCCUUGACUGCACUUACUACGUGGUGUCUUUCAUUCUAUUCAACUAGAAACAACAAGGAGACUACAAAAUGACCUUC